CCAAUUAUUCAAAGUCCAAUAUUCGUUUGGUUGGAUUGUUGGACGUCUUGGCAACUAAACAAACAAAGAAUUAUUGGCGGGGAACCUCUUAAGCAUAAACCCUAAAACCCGUUCCACCAGUUUCUACGCAGUUCGGACUUCGGGUUGCCCCAGUGCUCAAAAUUUGUUGCUGGUUUCUUCAAUAAUUUCAGUUCUCAUUCUGGAAUUAAGGGUUUUCUUCUGUGCUUGAUAGCUUUAUUUCUUCUGGUUUUGAAAGAUAUUCGGACAUGGAACAGAGAUUAGCUAAUUCAUGGAGAUUGGCCGCCAAUAACAAGCAAUUCAUCAAAACCGCCUUGGUUUCCGACCUCAGAGUCGACGGACGGCGCCCUUUUGACUAUAGACGACUCACUAUUAAGUUUGGCCGAGAAGAAGGCACAUCAGAGGUGCAACUAGGGCACACUCAUGUGAUGGGAGUUGUUACUUCCCAAUUAGUGCAGCCUUAUCGUGAUAGGCCGAAUGAGGGAAGCCUUGCAAUCUUUGUUGAGUUUUCUCCAAUGGCCGAUCCUUCAUUCGAGGCAGGCCGUCCCGGAGAAUCUUCUGUGGAGUUGGGACGCAUAAUUGAUCGUGGGCUGAGGGAGAGCAGAGCUAUAGACACAGAAUCUCUUUGUGUUGUCUCCGGGAAAUGGGUUUGGUCGAUUCGAGUUGAUCUCCACAUUCUAGACAAUGGAGGGAAUAUUGUUGAUGCUGCCAAUGUUGCUGCCUUAGCUGCUCUUUCAACAUUUCGUAGACCCGAAUGCACAUUGGGAGGAGAAGAUGGCCCGGAAGUGAUAUUGCAUCCACCUGAGGUCAGGGAGCCACUGCCCUUGAUUAUACACCACAUGCCUAUAGCAAUCACCUUUGCAUUUAUUGGAAAAGAGAACAUUGUGGUGAUAGACCCAACCCACUUCGAAGAGGCUGUCAUGGGAUCUAGAAUGACUGUCACCUUAAAUGCAAAUGGUGAUGUUUGUGCAAUUCAAAAGCCCGGAGGAGAUGGUAUCAUGCAGAGUGUCAUACUGCAAUGCCUGCGCAUUGCCUCAGUUAAGGCUGCAGACAUUUCGGACAAGAUAAAGAUUGCGGUCGAAGCAUACAACACGGAAAGAGCUCUUAGCAAGAUAAAGAGGCACAAACCGGCGGCUUUGGGCCUUCGGGCUCAUGGGGAAAACAAUGGCUUGGCUGAAGCAAACACAAAGGGUAGAAAUGUAAAAGCAGAAGAGUACAGUGUGAGUGAAGGUAAUGAGAUGGACAUUGAAGUGCCCCAAUGAUUUCAAUUUUGGAUCCAUAUUUAACAUAUUUUUUAGUUUUAAUAUACAUUGAAUCCCAUUUGAAACAAUGCCACCUGUUGUACUAAUUUGCCACUUUUUAUUAAUGAAAAGAAAAAUGCUAG